UCUCUGGCAAUGGUUAUGGAAUGACUGAGACGUCUGCCAUGAUCUCUUCUACCAGAAUCUCCAUCAACUAUAAUAUUGGCUCUGUUGGCAGAGUGGUACCCUACGUGCAGGUCAAGAUUGUGAAUGUGGAGAGCGGGGAGAUGUUAGGCGAGCAUCAGGAAGGUGAGAUAUGUGUGAAGGGACCCAACGUGAUGUUGGGCUACGCUAACGACCCCGUGGCUACAGCCGCUACCAUAGACCCUCAGGGCUGGCUACACACAGGUGACAUCGGCUACUACAACCAAGAUAACUUUAUCUUCCUCACAGACAGGAUGAAAGACCUUAUCAAGGUUAAAGGCUUCCAGUUCUCAGAGUAA